AUAUAUGUUUUCUUUUACAAAUCCAAAAUGUUGCUUCAUCAUACCAUCCAGGUACGGUGUCAUUUUAAUGUUAACUAUAUGGAUUGGCAUAAGCAUGUAUUUUAGUGUUCAAGCAUUUAGAGGCAUCAGUCCCUUUUUCUCUCAUUUUAAUCCUACAGCAUUGAUUGUGUUUGGAGUGAUUCACCUUGUGUUUGUUGUCUUAUGUUUAUUUGGAUAUACACUUCAUUGGUUUAAGCGAUCCAUUAGUCGAUAUCACCGUUAUGCCAAUCUGUUUGCUUGUUCAGUAGCCAUUGUCCUGUUGGAUACUCUGAUCAACUGUAUCUUAUUUUCAGUCAACAAGCAUGAAUUUAUUGACUGGUGUAUCAGCAGUACUACAUUGCCAAUCCGUAUUCAACAACCUGAUGUCUGGUUCAAUUGUCACAGACUGUUUGAUGCCGAGGCUAAAUUUGCUUUUACCUCGCUUGUGUUGAUGAUACUGAUCUAUGUCUAUUGGGUUUCGGUCAUUAUAAUUGAUUCAAGAAAUUUCGUCAUGAUGGGCCCAGAAAUGUCCAUUCGACCCCCAAGAAGAGACAUGACCUUAUCUCAACCAGAUCAACAUCCUACCAUCAUUUUAGCCUAACUGAUUUUUAAAUUUUAGUCUAUUUCUUUUCCUCU